CGCGUUUAACGGGCUCAAGUCUUCCUCCCAGCGAGGAGAAGUGAAGUGCCCCGCCCCACGGACAGGCAGCAGGCAGCACACCCUCCGCACCGAGCGAGCCCAGCCGUCGGUAACGGAGAAGAUGGCAGAGCGGCAACAACCGAAACACGAAGGCAGGGUAAAGAUCGGCCAUUACAUCCUCGGCGACACGCUCGGAGUCGGGACGUUCGGGAAAGUGAAGAUCGGCGAGCACCAGUUGACAGGCCAUAAAGUCGCUGUGAAGAUCCUGAACAGACAGAAGAUCCGCAGUCUCGAUGUCGUUGGGAAAAUCAAGCGUGAGAUCCAGAAUCUCAAAUUGUUCAGACACCCACACAUCAUCAAGCUGUACCAGGUGAUAAGUACGCCUACAGAUUUCUUCAUGGUCAUGGAAUAUGUGUCAGGAGGGGAGCUGUUUGACUACAUCUGCAAAAAUGGACGGGUGGAGGACACAGAAGCUCGCCGUCUUUUCCAGCAGAUUAUCUCAGCUGUAGACUACUGCCACAGACACAUGGUGGUCCACAGAGACCUCAAACCUGAGAAUGUCCUGCUGGACGCCAGCAAGAACGCUAAGAUUGCUGACUUUGGACUGUCAAACAUGAUGUCAGAUGGAGAAUUCUUACGAACAAGCUGUGGUUCACCCAACUAUGCAGCUCCAGAGGUCAUCUCAGGAAGGCUCUAUGCAGGCCCAGAAGUUGACAUCUGGAGCUGUGGGGUGAUCCUGUACGCCCUGCUGUGUGGCACUCUCCCCUUUGAUGAUGAACAUGUCCCUACACUGUUUAAGAAGAUCAGAGGAGGUGUCUUCUACAUCCCAGAGUACCUGACCCGCUCUGUGGCCUCGCUGCUCAUGCUCAUGCUGCAGGUGGAUCCUCUGAAGAGAGCCACCAUCAAAGACAUCAGGGAACAUGAGUGGUUUAAGCAGGACCUACCAGGCUACCUGUUCCCGGAGGACCCGUCGUAUGAUGCUACAGUCCUAGAUGAAGAGGCUGUCAAAGAAGUGUGUGAGAAGUUUGAAUGCACCGAGUCUGAGGUCAUGUCCAGUCUCUACAGUGGAGAUCCACAGGACCAGUUAGCAGUAGCCUAUCACCUCAUCAUAGAUAACCGGCGCAUCAUGACCCAGGCCAGCGAGUUCUACUUGGCAUCCAGUCCUCCGCAGGGUUCUUUCAUAGAAGAGGGCAUGCCACUACCCCCUGGGGUCAAACCCCACCCAGAGAGGAUGCCUCCACUCUUAGCUGACAGCCCCAAGUCUCGUUGUCCUCUCGAUGCUCUCAACACCACCCGACCUAAACCGCUGGCAGUGAAGAAAGCCAAGUGGCACCUGGGUAUCAGGAGUCAGAGCAGACCCUAUGAUAUCAUGGCUGAGGUGUACAGAGCGAUGAAACAGCUCAAUUUUGACUGGAAGGUGGUGAAUCCGUAUCAUCUGAGAGUGCGGAGGAAGAAUCCAGUGACGGGCAACUUGGUGAAAAUGAGCCUACAGCUUUACCAGGUGGACAACAGAUCCUACCUCCUCGACUUCAAGAGCAUUGAUGAUGACAUCAUCGAGGCAGUUGGCUUUAAAUCGGGCUCAUCCACCCCUCAGAGGUCGGGCUCCACAGCUGGCCUCCACAGACCCAGGCUGAGCAUCGACUCAGCAAGCCCAGCGAUUGAUCUGCCUCAGCUCAGCUCCUCUCUCCCAGGAUCCCUGUCGGGUAGCUCCCCUAUGCUGGCCCCACGCCAGGGAUCACACACCAUGGACUUCUUUGAAAUGUGUGCCAGUCUGAUCACCACACUGGCACGCUGAGACCUGCCAACUCCUAGCCUUGCUGUAACCUGGAUGUCAGUGGGGUUUUUAAGCUAAUUGCACAUCUGGGAUGUAGGGAGUGUAGAUGUUUGGUGUGACUUCCUCUUUCUGUCUCCUCUCCAUCUGUUCCAGUUGUACUGGGCUAGAAGGGUAAGAGGAAUAGUCACAGCAAUGCUUGUGUGGUGUUCACCACAGAUUAAUUGCUUAUUUUUUUUCUUGUUUUGACACAGUAGUUGGGUCAAAAUCUUGGUGUUGAAACAUCAGGCCACAGCCUGUGAAAACUGAUCCUGGGAUUGGAAUCUGUGAACUAGCAGAGGCCAUAGAAGCGAGAGGCCAGAGGUCACAAUUCUCAGCAAAGGUCAAGUUCACUGUCACUCCUCCCACAAAUAUUUUCAAUUUGUUAUCAGCUGCUGAAAUGUCAUCACCCAGCAUACCACUUAAUGCCGGAAAUCCAGCUGAGUUCACCCUAGACACUGAUCAGAGGUCAGAUUAGCAUCUUGUCCCAUAUUUUAAUUGGGGCACUGGUUGUUAAAACUUACAGUUAAAUCUGUGUCUGAAGGAACAUAACUACAUGUAAAAUUUCAAGUUUUAUAUUAUAUGGUUUGUAAAGAAGCUUUUGUUAUCCAUGUAUUAUAUUUGUAUUACAAUCAUAUUGCGUAGCUGAAAAGGUUGACAAAGAUAUACCAAAAAACAGAAUUUAUACAUCAUAAAGAUUAUUAUUUAGAUAUCAGAUCCAUAUUUAUUUUUGAGAGAUUGUUUUUUUUAGGCACUGUAGUUUUAUUAUUUGAGCACUGCAUCAACACAGAGUUUUAACUUGACUUUGAAUAGAUUGUAGAUGAUCAAUGAACCUCGAGAGACAGCGGGAUGGUAGAACAGUAAUGCUCUGCUUGAUACUGAUAAGAUAUGUGUUGCAUUUAGUGUUGAAGACUGUUGCACACCAUCUCACAUGAGUUUUUACAACCACUAUACUGCCAUGAACUAUCCGUUUCAAAGCAUACAUAUCACUAUUUUCUUCCCAUGAAAGCAUUAUUUUAUACAUGCGACACACACGCAGAAUCCUUUGCACUAACAAAGCAACUGUUGCUCAAAGUGUCAGCGCUGCUCCCCCAUUCAUGCACAGAAUGUAUUUUUAAAAAAGCAAGCAGGCUGGUGACAUCAGGAGGACAGACAUGGCAGUCAGUCACGUAUUCAGUAACAUGAAUAAGGACAGGUGUUGCUCACUGUAACAGGCAUUGCAACAAGUUUUAGAGAAGCUAGUUUUAUUAUUCUUUUUAGUAAUCACACUACAAGUUGUAAAAAAAAAAAUGGAGCCUAAUUACUAAUGUAUAAAACUGAUUUCCUCUAACGGUAAAACACAUUUAUUACACAUUAAUGUCCAAUGCUAUUUUUUAUUUGAGAAAUAACUUCGAUAAAUUUCAUCAAUUGUCCAGAUUUACAUAAACUUAGCCCUCUGUCCAGUCCUUAUGUGAACAGAUAAGAAAGCGAAAUCCAUGUGAGAUGGUGUGAAUCUACUGUAGGAGAGUAAAAGCCACAGAAACCUUUCUCCAGUUGCCUUAAAGAAUGCAACACAGUAAUUCUGUGCAUCUGUAUAUGGAGACUGUGUUCAGUGUGUGUUGGAGAUCAGUGUGCCACGGGGUUGUCAUGUUUUGCUACUGAUUUAAUGCUGGUGUGUUAGGAAGGUGUUUGGUACAGCUGUAAUGUCUGGCAGGUCAGAAUCAGAAAAGGGGGUGACGACAGAUGGUUCAGUGAAUUGUAGCUGUUUGGACUGUUGUUGGUUUUGUUCAGUCUGCACUUAAAAACUAACUUACUGAGGCCAGCAGUGUGUGUGAAUGCACAGCUUUUACUGUACCUGUUGUUUGUGCUCCGUAUUGAUAAACGCUACGGUUUGAUUACUUUUAGAACUGUUCUGCACCGUCCUGUCAACUUAUACCUUAGUGAUGCGGUGUUUCGCUGUGGUCGUACCUGAUGCAUUUUCCAAGUCUUUUUUUCAAUGAAUGUAAAGUGAAAGCUGGUGCUGCUCAUGUGAAACCUCUUGUCUGAGUUUGCUGUCUUGGUUUUAAAGCACCAUUGUUGUACAGGAGUGUUACCUUUAUACUGUUUGCAGUGAAACAGAGGUCAGAGGGAUAGUUGGUAUUUUUCUGUAGUUUAAAUAAGCCAUUCAGAAAUAAAUACUGUUAUGUAUAAGUACAAUCAAGUACUGUGGACAAGUGGAACAAUACAUUUUGAAAUAAUUCAAUAACUCUAUGUCAUGAUUGGGAGAUUUUGUUCAUUAUUGUUAUUUUUACAGGCUGGUGGCUUGUGAUUGGCUGAAAGGCAAAGAGGCAGGGCUUGACAUCAUGGUUAUGACAAGUGGCAUAAAUGAAAGUGUCGUUAGGAAAAAUAUUAAGAGCAACUGUGAUAAAACAAUACUGAAAUAACAAACGGGUGGAGAUGCAAUCAACAAAUUAUUUCACAGUUUAAUGGUUCAUGUGUAAACUAUUUAUUUCAUGAUGUCUUAUUUAUUUCUUUAAUGUUGGCCAUGUUAAAGGUUCACAAGCAUCAGUCUCGACUUUGACUGUUCAACUAAAUCCAUGUUGUUGCCUGAGUGCUUUGUUGAACCUACAGUUGAUGUCAUUUGAAUCAUUUUUGUUGGCGUUGUGUUUGAAAUGAAUUCAGUGAUUUUUGCCUUAUGAGAGCAUCGUGCAGACAUUUGCUUGAAACAUUGAAGGCCACACUCUUUGAUACUCUGCUGAAACCCUUUAUUACAUGUGUAGUGUUUUUAUGUCCUGUGUAGGUUCUCUGUUCUGACGGCAGGUACACUGCUGAUUAUUCUUUGAUGUCGGGGAAAUGGCACUCCCUGCUGCAAGACACGUGCAACUGACCUGAACACUAAGCCACGCUCUUUGUCAAUCAUCUGUAUUACACUAUGUUGCAGUGUCUUAAAAGACUUGUCCUCUGUAUAGUGAGCAACUUUGGGAUCAUAUGUGGCCCUUUAUGCAUUCAUUCCUGGUACUGCUGCUCAUGACAACACAAUGCAAAACACGUAUCAAUGAAGUGCACUAUCCUGCAGAAGUCAUGGGUCAGAGUUAAAAACUCCUCUGAUAUCACCAGUAUUUACUGUCAGGUGAAGUACUACCAUUAAAACUGUAUGCAACUACCAGUGGCAUGUUAGUCAUGUUAGCGCAUCUGUGUCUAGGGCUGGAACACAUGCCGGAGGGCCUAUUUAAAUACAGACUUUCCAUGUUGUACCAAAGUGAAUAUUUUCCACAGCAAAGCUGUGCUCUGUUUCACUGUAGUGGGGAUCUUAUGACUAGUGUAACCUUAAAUACCCCAGUGUAUGUUGUGAGUGCGAUAUCUGUGUGUGCACACUAGUUAUUGUGUGUACAAGGGUAUGUUUCUGUGUGUGAGUGUGUGUUUGAGCUGUCCCUCCCUGUCUGAUUGGGGUUUGGAUUUCUCUUGUAAUGCACUGCAUGAUAUUGCUGUUAUGAUUUGCACUUUAAUGAGUAUUUAUUGAAAAACAAUAAACAAGCAUAUAAAAAAUU